AUGGUUUUAAAAGAAAAAAAAAAUAAAAAGUAUUCUUCUAAAUAUAACAAAAAAAGUAAAGGAAACAAUUCUAUGGAAAAAGAUACUAAAAAAAAAAAUACCAGUAAAAAUGAAUUUUACGAUGAAAAUGAUUUACCAUAUUAUGACAGUAAUGACGAUUUUUUAAUUAAAAAUAAUGAGUUAUUUUAUGAUAUUUUUAAAUAUGAUGACGAAUUAAAUCAAGUAAAGAAACAAAAUAUCGAACCUUCAAGCAUAAUUAAAGAAAAAGAAAAGCAUUCAGAUUUUGUUAUAACAUCUAUAGCCUUUAACAUCCCAGUUGGUAUGAUUUAA